UAUCCCAGAAUCCGACACGCGUUACUUUGCGAAAACGGUUCGACACAAAAUAAAAAGACUACAAACACGGAUACUUCUCAUUUCUGACAUUCUCUGAAAAGGGGGCUGUUAUAACCUCGUGAAGUUGAAGUGCGAGUAAAGAGGGUUAGGGUUUUGCAGAGCAGAAAUGAGCAGUCGUCGUGGUAAGAAGAAAGCCAGAACAUCACGACAAUACGAACUCGGAGAUGAAGACAUGAUCAGCAGAUUGCCAGAUGAACUCAUUCACCAUGUCCUCUCUUUCGUAGACACAAAACAAGCCAUUCAGACCUGUGUUCUCUCCAAACGUUGGGAGCUUGUAUGGACUAGUCUCCCUUUUCUCAAUUUCGGUCUGUACGAUAAUCUUACACCUAAAGUCGUGUCUAAAUUCAUGCGCCAUGUUCUGUCUAACCGAAAUCAUGAAUCCCAAGUUUCUCAUCUUAGUUUGUCUGUUAGAAAUAAAGGUCUCUCCAGGCACUUACUUGAAAAGUAUGUUGAUUAUGCGAUCUCGCAUAAUUUGCAUUGCUUAAAUCUUGAUUUACCCCAUGAUAGUAAACCUGUUAACUUAUCUGUAUUCAGUUCGAAGUCGUUGAACAAACUUACAUUGAAUGCGAAUCUUGAAAAAUGUGAGCGGAUAUCGGAUUGCUGGGAUUUACCUUGUUUGACAACUCUGCGCCUGAAGGGCAAGAAUGGAUAUGGUGAAUUUUCGGAUAAUUGGUUCACAAUGAAAUGCUUGCCUGCCCUAAGAAAAUUGCGUUUUGAUGACUAUGAUCUGUCUAAAUCAUCGUUUUCUUUCAGCUUGCCAGCUUUGACAACCCUCUGUUUGAAUCGUUGUACAUUGCCCACAACAGUUUGGGACAUCCCAACUUUAAAAAGUAUAGAACUACAUGGUGGACAACUUCCACAAAAUUUGAAUGAAAUAUUCUCUGCGCUGGUUAAUCUACAGAAUCUCAAAGUAGUUCUAACAUCAAGACAUAACCAAGAAUAUGUAAUAUCUUGUCCUCCUCAAUUGUUGAACCUAAUUAUCAUUGCGGCAGAUUACUAUCCUUGCACUUGUAACACCAUUGUGGUUUCAGCACCGAAACUGUGCAACUUCACAUCUUUUGGUGUCAUUACAGCCAUGGUUGGAGUUCCUGAGUUGGAAACCGUGAAUGUGAGGUUACAGGGUGUGUUUAAUAAGAUUGGAUGGACAAGUAAGAAACGAGCUCGCCUGCGGUUAAUUAAUAUGCUUCCAGGACUUGCUAAUGCCAAGAAUCUCACUUUUGAUUUGGAUAGCAUCAAGGCACUCAAUGAGAUUUCCAACGUUCUUGUUGGUUUUCCUUCUCCAUUCCAUAAGCUGAAGUAUGUGAAGUUACCAUGGCGAUUCAAGGAAUCAAGUAUUUCUCGUCACCUUAGAAGCUAUUUACUUGGAGGCUCUCCAAAUGCCACCUUCGUCACAAAAUUGCCCCAAUGGGAACUGAUAGAUCAGGCAAGCUCUUUAAGAGGGGAAAGAGAUUCUGGGCUAUGGCGGAGCCAUGAGGUUAAUUCCGAGUUUGUAUGCCUACUUGAUCGCAUUAUGCAGAAGUAUCCGGAAACCUUUGAGCACUUCACCUCAACAAACAAGAAGUUGUGUACAAUGAAUCUGAAUACGUUGUGCACCUCACUAUAUGACUUUUCCAAAAUAUCUAUAGGUAAUGUUGAUUGUGAGAUGAUUGUUGGGUACAGGGAAGUAUUUUCUUACCUGAAAAAUCAGGGAUUCAACCUAAGUUGGGUGGUGGACCGCCUCAACUAUAUAGAACAUCUCCGGUUCUCGAAACCCCUAAUUGAUGAGCUUCACUCAAUUGAUUGUCAUAUUGAUGAUGCUAAAACAACAUUCAAAGAGCUGCAAGCUCGUGCUGUUGAUGCCAAAACUGAACUACUAGAUCUGUUGACUCUUGUUAAUGAUGCCAGAAUUAGAUUGCAAGAUAAGGAGGCUCUACGUGUGGAGAAGUUGUCGGAGAUUGAGAAAGUUUUUGGAACAAUGGGGAUAAACCUUGUUGUUGGUUUCAUCGGAGAUGAUCUACUGUGAUAUUUGGCUUUCGUGGUUUGGAUGUUCAUUUGAAAGUUGUUGAGCAUUGAUAUUAUGCUAUAGUAUUUUGGAAGUAUUAUGCUUUUUGACCUUCUAUCAAACUGUUUAUUUGUGUGUUGUUUUGAACCAAUGAAACAUUUUGAAAGUUAUUUUGGUAUUGUAACUAUAAAGUUGUUUCAUUUUGCCAAAGUUUGUAGCAUAUUGUAUCAUGACAUUUGAUAUGUAUGUUCUAUGUCAUUGUGAUAGAGGCUGUGAAAAUCUUUGAGCAUUUUGCUAAUUGCACAUUGGAAUGACAUGACAAUCAAUAUAUAUUGUUAGAGUUGAGUUCUGUGUAGUACUUAUUUUGGUGUAGUGUUAUUCUGAAACAUUUUCUUGAGUUGGAUCCAACGAGCUUUAUUGUCCAUAAGUUACUCUGCCAGCUCUUUCUUUGAUCGUUGGCUUCCAUUCUUCUGGUUUGAGAGCUGCGGGUUGAAUCGACCAUGCAAACAUGAUUGUUAUACCUCUCCUCUCACUUAUUGUGCUCCAAACUCUAUUUCCUGAUUUGGUUUUGUCCAAAUUGAUACAUGAAACCUGAUAUCAGCUCCUUCUGAAGCACAAUGCUAGCAAUGAUGUUUUUGAAUCCGCUGCUGUGAAUCAUAUUGGAGUACACGAUGCCAAAAGAGCAAGUUUUUGUCAAACUGAAGCUUCAACUGUUCCUCGUAGAAAAUGUUGCAAGCAAUAAGCAUAUGUUGGGGAAAGAGUCUACUAUUUCAAGGACUAAGAAGGCGGAUAGGGAACGGACAAACUACAAAAGUUUUUAAAGAUCCAUGGUUGCCAAGGCCACCAUCCUUUCUUCCAAUAACACAAGGUCCAAGUGAUGAACUAAAAGUAUCAUCUUAUCUGACAACCGGGUAAAUGGGACAUCGAUUUGAUCCACCAAAGGUUUUUAGCCCCAGACUCUCAUAUGAUUCUAACAAUACCUCUCAGCCCUUUUAAUCACACAGACUCAUGGUUUUGGCAUUAUACUAUUAACGGAAAGUAUUCGGUUAAAAGUGGGUAUCAGUUAGCUCUAAGUGCUGAUAAUAAAGGGUCAUCCUCAUCAUCAAGCGGAACCUCAAUAUGGGGGAAAACAUUCUGGGCAGUCCACAUCCCAAGGAAAAUUCUUUUGUUUGUUUGGAGAGGAUACCAUGAAAUUUUACCAACAACAGAAGGCUUAUACCGAAGAAACGUGACACAGAAUAGCAAUUGUGCUCUUUGCGGAUUUGGGGAAGAUUCUAAUGCACAUGCGGUGUUUUGGUGUAUUUUUUCGCAGGAGGUGUGGAAAUUAAUGGAGUAAUCCUUUUUGGUUGGACAUAAAGAAGAAAUUUCAUUUAAGGGAGUGAUUCUAUAUGCUACUGAGCUGCUAAAUAAGGAAGAAUUUGCAAAAUUAUUGAUUGUAGCAUGGGGUAUAUUGUCCGAAAGAAACAAGCACAAUCAUGGACAACAACAUAGAACUCCUCAGCAAAUAAAAAUCUGGAUAUCUUCCUAUUUGGAAGAGAUAAAAAAUGCUUACAGUACAAAAGUCAAUACGCGAAGUCAGACCCUCAAUGUGAACCAGAGGGUGGUUGAUAAUGAAGCUUUCACACUCUGUGUUGAUGCAGCAUUGUCCACAACCUCGCAGAAAAUAGGAAUAGGGGCAGUACUAUACACGCCUAGCAGGAGGGUCCAAGCACGACUCUCAAAACCGAUGGAAGGCUCCUUGUCUGCGCUUCAUGCAGAGGCUCUAGCAUUAAUAGUGGGUAUACAAUGGGCACAAUACAUCGGACUCCCAAUAAAGGUGAUUUCAUCAGAUUCGUUAACUUUGGUACAGGCUUUGAACAACAACACUUCAUAUAAUAGCGAACUUGGCAUCUUGCUGAUGGACAUUAAAAUGUUGCUGACUAAUUGCCCUGAAGCAUCAAUCUCUCACAUUGGUCGGAAGUUUAAUGUUGUUGCUCAUGGCUUGGCAAAACAUGCACUUCAAUUAGAUGAUGAAGCUACAUGGAUGGAGGAUAAUAUUCAUGAUGGAUAAAAAGCAAGUAGAUGUGAUGUAUAUAAGGUGUAGAACUAUCGAAAGAAUUUUCUAGCAAAUUUAAAGUUUUAAGAGAUUUGGAUAAAUGCCAUGGGUGGAGAAGUUCAGAACUUCCAAAGCCUGCGAUAUUGUCGGCAACGAAGACGCUGUUUCCAGGCUUGUUUCUUCCUUGUAGGUGUAGAAGUUGGGCUCAUGUGAUUUAUGUGAGAUUGCACGUAAUUCAGUCUACCAACCAGCUAGGUAUUUGUAAAACUGAAGCUGAAGACUUUUAAUUUAACAUCACCAAGACUGUUCGUCAUGGCAGCCAGAUCUUCUUCGAAUCAGAACAACUUCCAAUGGUGUCCACUCCUCCGAUCCUGUCCGUGCCAAUUCUUUCGAGGUAGAUUUCCUCAUUAUGCGGUGGAAAGAAUUGCAUCCUUAUGUAACAGAGUUUCUGCUUCUUGAGUCGAAUUCAGCUUUACUGGAUUAGCAAAGCCCCUGGUCUUUUCCAGUAGUUUUUGCUUCAGCCCCAUCAGUGAGUUUAUUCUUUAGAUGCAAGCAUACAGGCAUUUUGAUACAGGUAUUCGAAGGCUCUAUAAAUUUCUGGAGUGCUAUUUGUAUAUAACAUCAAGAGAGCUGGUUUUGAGUUAGGAAUGAGCAACCACCCCUCCACUGUAACACUGGUAUUUUGCUAGGGGGUGAUUGUGCUGGUAUAGCCGGGAACUUCCCCACAUCCAAGAGAAUACAAGAAAUCUACAAUAAUAUAUAGCCCACUUUGUUUCCAGAAAUUUUGAGACUGAUCUGUUCAGAUGAUCUGUACUUUGGUUUUUCCUAUCUAUUCUUAGUUCUAUUGAUUAUGAGUGUCUAAUUGCACUUAAUGACCAAGUGGUGGCUUUCAACCUCUUUCUAAUAUCAUCUUAUUCUUCUU